AUGGCAUCCAAGGUGGUCGUAAAUGCAAGCUCUGUGUCACCCUGGACUGUAAAGAGAACUGUGUUAACACAGGAGGUGUUAAGGGUGAUGUUACACUGUGGUAGGUUGGUACCGUUGGAGGUCGUUGUCAAACAUGUUGAUGAGGUUGUGCUACGAAUGCAGUUAUCUGGGUACACCAAGAAAUUCAG